AUGAAGCUACCAGGCCAGGAGGAGUUUGAGGUCUCCAGUGCUUGUGAAAAUGUGCCCACAGGAGAGCUGGACAAUGGCACUGCCUCUGGCUCCAGCCCCGACAGCCCCUCAGACACAGACAGAGGGGAGUUGGGGGUACCCAAGGACCCUCUGCUCUUCAUUCAGCUGAAUGAGCUUCUGGGCUGGCCCCAGGCCCUGGAGUGGAGAGAGACGGGCAGGUGGGUGCUGUUUGAGGAGAAGCUGGAGGUGGGUGCGGGCCGGUGGAGUGUUCCUCACGUGCCCACACUGGCACUGCCCAGCCUUCGGAAGCUCCGCAUCCUACUGGCCGAGGGCCUUGUGCUGCUGGACUGUCCAGCUCAGAGCUUCCUGGAGCUCGUGGAACAGGUGACCAGAGUGGACUCGCUGAGCCCAGAGCUGAGAGGGCAGCUGCAGGCCUUGCUGCUGCAGAGACCCCAGCACCUCAUCCAGCCCACAGGCACCAGGCCCUGCCAGGGGUCUGCCCAUCCAAGAGAGGCUUCUCACAGUGAGGAAGCCCCACUGAAGGAACAGCAUCAGAACCCCCUGAGAUGGAAGCUGCCUCCAGGGGCUGAGGCUGGGGCUGUGCUGGCAGGGGAGUUGGGCUUCCUGGUGCAGCCCCUGGGGGCCUUUGUGCGACUGCGGGAUCCAGUGGUGCUGGGACCCCUCACUGAGGUUCCCCUCCCCAGCAGAUUUUUCUGCCUCUUCCUUGGUCCUUCUACACUGGGAAAGGGCUACCAUGAGAUGGGCCGAGCAAUGGCCGUCCUCCUCAGUGACCCGCAAUUCCAGUGGUCAGUUCGUCGGGCCAGCAACCUUCACGACAUUCUGGCAGCCUUGGAUGCCUUCCUAGAGGAGGUGACAGUGCUCCCUCCAGGUCGGUGGGACCCGACAGCCCGGAUUGCCCCACCUAAAUGUCUGCCUUCCCAGCACAAAAGGAUUCUCUCACAACUGAGGGAGGUCCAGGGCCCCUCUGCCCAGCAUGGGGCCCUGGCUGAGGACAGGUAUGGCCACCGGCUACAGCUGCGCAGCCCAGAGUUACAGCGGACAGGCAGGCUGUUUGGGGGCCUUAUCCAGGAUGUGCGCCGGAAGGCCUCAUGGUACCCCAGCGACUUCUUGGACGCGUUACAUCCCCAGUGCUUCUCGGCCGUGCUCUACAUUUACUUGGCCACUGUCACUAAUGCCAUCACUUUUGGGGGACUGCUGGGGGAAGCCACCAGUGGUGCUCAGGGGGUGCUGGAAAGUUUCCUGGGCACUGCAGUGGCUGGAGCUGCCUUUUGCCUGAUGGCUGGCCAGCCCCUCACCAUCCUCAGCAGCACAGGGCCAGUGCUGGUCUUCGAGCGCCUGCUCUUCUCCUUCAGUAGAGAUUACAACCUGGACUACCUACCUUUCCGCCUGUGGGUGGGCAUCUGGGUGGCCACAUUUUGCCUGGCACUGGUGGCCACAGAGGCCAGCGUGCUGGUACGCUACUUUACCCGCUUCACCGAAGAAGGCUUCUGUGCCCUCAUCAGCCUCAUCUUCAUCUACGAUGCUGUGGGCAAAAUGCUGAGCUUGACCAGUGCCUAUCCCAUCCAGAGCCCUGGGUAUCCUGCCUAUGGCUGCUUUUGCCAGUACACAGACCUGGGAGGAAAUGAGUCUCAGUGGAUGAGGACAGAGCCAAAAGACAGAGAUGACAUCUCAAGUCUGGACCUAGGCUUGGUCAAUGCCUCCUUGCUGCCCCCACCUGAGUGUGCCCGGCGGGGAGGCCGCCCUCGUGGCCCCAGCUGUCAUGCAGUCCCAGACAUCGCCUUCUUCUCCCUCCUCCUCUUUCUUACCUCCUUCCUCUUGGCCAUGGCCCUCAAGCAUGUAAAGACAAGCCGCUUCUUCCCCUCUGUGGUGCGCAAAGUGCUCGGUGACUUCUCCUCAGUCCUGGCCAUGCUGCUGGGCUGUGGCCUUGAUUCCUUCCUGGGUCUGGCCACACCAAAGCUCACGGUGCCCAGUGAGUUCAAGCCCACACUCCCCGGGCGUGGCUGGCUGGUAUCACCUUUUGGAACCAACCCCUGGUGGCUGAGUGUGGCAGCAGCCUUACCUGCCCUGCUGCUGUCUAUCCUCAUCUUCAUGGACCAGCAGAUCACAGCGGUCAUCCUUAACCGUGCUGAAUAUAAGCUGCGGAAGGGCGCUGGCUUCCACCUGGAUCUCUUCUGUGUGGCUGUGCUGAUGGUGCUCACGUCAGCGCUGGGACUCCCCUGGUAUGUCUCGGCCACGGUCAUCUCCCUGGCCCACAUGGACAGUCUUCGGAGAGAAAGCAGAGCCUGUGCCCUGGGGGAGCCCCGCAGCUUCCUGGGUAUCAGGGAGCAGAGGCUGACAGGCCUGGUGGUGUUCAUCCUCACAGGAACUUCAAUCUUCCUGGCACCUGUACUCAAGUUCAUCCCAAUGCCUGUGCUCUAUGGCAUCUUCUUGUACAUGGGGGUGGCAGCAAUUAGCAGCAUUCAGUUCACAAAGAGGAUACAGCUAUUACUGAUGCCAGCAAAACAACAGCCAGACCUCCUGCUCUUGCGGCAUGUACCUUUGAGCAGGGUCCACCUCUUCACAGCCAUCCAGCUUGCCUGCCUGGCUCUGCUUUGGAUAAUCAAGUCUACCCCUGCAGCCAUCAUCUUCCCCCUCAUGUUGCUGGGCCUGGUGGGGGUCCGAAAGGCACUGGAGAGGGUCUUCUCACCGCAGGAACUCCUUUGGCUGGAUGAACUGAUGCCAGAGAAGGAAAGGAGCAUCCCUGAGAAAGGGCUGGAGCCAGAAUAUUCACUCAGUGGUGACAGUGAAGAUUCAGAGCUAAUGUAUCAGCCGAGGGCUCCAGAAAUUAAUAUCUCUGUGAAUUAG